AUGCAACCAUGUUGGGUAUGCAAGUGGCUCGAAUGGGAUGAAGACUGGCUCAUCAGUGUGGAAAAUGUCGACACAACGCCAAUCGUAAAACCGGAUUUUUAUCGAUUGAUCGGCGAUCGGCAUGUAGAGUAUGGCGAUGGUGGCAGUUCAUUUCUUGUUUAUCCUGUAUGGAUUCAAGAGCAUCUGCCAGUAAGUGAAAAAUUUCGAGAACAUCUUCUGGAAACCCUCCAAGCGCUCAAUGAACAACGACAUGAUUACCAUGCAGCUCCCUCACCAGUAGAAGAUAUUAUUGAUCCAGAUCUACUUGCUUUUCGUCCUCCAUCAUUCGAUCGAACGAAAUGGAUCGAACAUCGGCGACGACAAUUAGAACCUUUUGAAAGAGCAUCGAGAUAUUUCAAGCGUGAUUUAGCCGAUGGAGAAUAUGAUCAGUUAUCAGAGCAUGAACAACUGCGAGAUACUUAUCAAUGGUUACCAUCCGAAUUCAUUAUUCAAACCGAUGGUAGAGUAGACAUUCGAAAACCGAUUCUUCAUUUACCAGUGAUACCCAAAUAUCGUCGAACGUACGGUGCAAUCGCACAGAUUUUUCAUGCCAUGUUGCCAAUGUUUCAACAAAUAAAAGCGGUCGCAAAGGAUACAACCAGAGAGCAACGCUUGCAAGUGAUUGUCAAAGCACAAAGUUAUAAUAUGAAAGCUGGUAUGAAAUAUUCGGGUCAUUGGCAUACAGAAGGUCAAACAGAAAAUAUUGUAGCAGUGGGUGUAUACUAUUUACAUGUUGAUCCUGUACUUGAAGGAGGUGCCCUUAAAUUUCGUCCAAAAAAAGCACCUCAAGAUUGGUAUGAGGGAAUCAAAACUGACUUUGAAGUGGCUUCGAUUUGCACUGGUACAGCUAUAGUGUUUUCGAAUUCGAUGCCACAUCGUUUUCGACAAAUUCGCAAUUUGACUUCAGAUGAUGGUCGUCGUCGAACAUUUCUGAAUUUUUUCAUCGUUGAUCCCGAUCAACCAAUAAAUCUUCAGUUGAGUGAAAUCGUUCUGACACCGAUGGAUAUGAUCGUGAGUAUAUUACGACAAUGGAAUCAAGGACAAAUACCCGAUUUAGUCUUGGAUAAAAUUGUGCGAAUCUUACAAGUAUCAUCGCCAUGGCAAACGCAAGACGAAUCUAAAAUAUUUCGGGCACGUGUGCGAAAAGCAAUGCUGGAGGAAAAAACUGGAUGGGGAUGGAUCUGUUGGGGUAAUUGUGGAACAACGGAGUUUGUUCGAGCACUGUGUGCUUGGAGUGUCCGAGAGAGACAGGAAGCAAGAGGAGAACUACGUCAUACUGAAUCGGAUUCAUAA